UUGGCCGAGAAAUCUCGACAGCAGCUGGCCGAGAGCACUCUGGCCGAGCUGGCCGAGAAAACUCGGCAGCAACUGGCCGAGAGCACUCUGGCCGAGCUGGCCGAGAAAUCUCGGCAGCAGCUGGCCGAGAGCACUCUGGCCGAGCUGGCCGAGAGCACUCUGGCCGAGCUGGCCGAGAGCACUCGACAGCAGCUGGCCGAGAGCACUUUGGCCGAGCUGGCCGAGAAAACUCGGCAGCAGCUUGCCGAGAGCACUCGGGCCGAGCUGGCCGAGAGCACUCGGCAGCAGCUGGCCGAGAGCACUCGACAGCGCUGGCCGAGAAGUGCACUCGGGCCGAGCUGGCCGAGAGCACUCGGCAGCGCUGGCCGAGAAAUGCACUCGGCAGCGCUGGCCGAGGAUUCUCGACCGCCUGUGCGAGAUCUCUCGGCCAGUUACAAAGGCUGGCCGAGAUUUCUCGCCUGGGGUGGCCGAGUGCACUCGGCUGGGCUGGCCGAGAGCACUUGUUCGGGGCUGAAAUAUCGGUUUUUUUCGGUUUUUCCCCACGUUUAA